AAUCAUUCAAGUGAAGCAGCCAGCACACUCCACUGUGACUCCGUGAUCUGCCGGCACUGCACACUCCCCGCACAGCCGCACCACCAGCUAGCUCAGCAAUCAUGGCUCGCCUGCUCCUCCUCCUCGCCGCCGCCGCCGCAGCGGCGUUCCUGGCCGUGGAGGCCGCGUCGCCGGUGGCCAGCGACUUCAUCCGCAAGUCUUGCCGCGCGACGCAGUACCCGUCGGUGUGCGAGCAGAGCCUGGCGUCGUACGGGGGCACCCCGCCGCCGCGGAGCCCGCGGGAGCUGGCGCGCGCCGCGCUGUCCGUGAGCGCGGACCGCGCGCGCGCCGCGUCCGCGUACGUGGGCCGCCUGUGCGGCGCCGGCACCGGCGCGAAGAAGGGGUCCGGGUCGCGGCCGGCGGCGGCGGGCCCCGUGCGCGACUGCCUGGAGAACCUGGCGGACAGCGUGGGCCACCUCCGCGACGCGGCGCAGGAGAUGGGCGGCGCCGGGAUGAGCCGCUCCGGGACGCCCGCGUUCAAGUGGCACCUCAGCAACGUCCAGACCUGGUGCAGCGCCGCGCUCACCGACGAGAACACCUGCCUCGACGGCCUCUCCUCCCGCGGCGUCGACGCCGGCACGCGCGCCGCCAUCCGCGGCAAGGUCGUCGAGGUCGCGCAGGUCACCAGCAACGCGCUCGCGCUCGUCAACAAGGUCGGGCCUGGGUACUAGCCCAAGGCCCAGGCCCAGGACCAAGCCCAGCCCAGAUAACACCCCUUGCCAGCAGACGGAUCAGGUGUUCUUUGUGCGUCGGUUAUGUCUGGUUUUUCAUUUUACCACUUUGCUUGUGUUGUGUAAGAUAUAGUUAAGGGCGAUAAGUACACUAAGACGCAUGUACUCUUCUGUCCGAUCCUGUCACUGUCACGGUCACGGUGAAUAAGCUAAGUGUCAUCGUUAACAUUGAUAUGAUCUUAAAAGAAAAUAUAAAAACGUUUACUAGAAA